UAUGAGUCAUCUGGGCAAAAAACUAGACGAAUACAUAUCGAAAAAGUUUCAUAAAGUUAAAAUACUAAGAAAUGAAAAAAGAUUAGGAUUGAUCGGUUGCAGGAAUCUAGGAGCAAAGUUCGCUUUGGGUGAAAUACUUGUAUUUUUAGAUUCACAUUGCGAAGUUACGAACUUUUGGUUACAACCAUUAAUUCAACAAAUUAUUACUAAUCCAAAGAGUUUAGCUAUACCUCAAUUAGCAUAUAUUGAAGAUACUACAUUUAAAUUCUACUACAAUACUAGAACAAAUAAAUACGGAGGUGGCUUCACUUGGUCUUUGACCUUUAAUUCAAUUUUAUUGUCUGAACAACAUUUAGAAUAUGUAAAUUAUAAAACACCCAUUAUGGUUGGUGGUAACUACGCAAUAAAUAGGACAUUUUUUUUUCAAAUGGGUACCUAUGAUGAAGGUAUGGAAAACUAUGGAGGAGAAGAUAUCGAAAUGUCAUUAAGAAUUUGGAUGUGCGGCGGAAAAUUGAUUAUGAUACCCUGUUCAAUUAUUGGUCAUGUCUAUAAAAGUAAAUCAUUAAAGAAUGAAAAAUUGUAUAAUGAAAUGAGGACGAGGAAUUUAAUUAGAACAGCUUAUAUCUGGUUAGAUGAAUACAAUGAACUAUUCAAGAAAGUAUCAGGGUAUAGUAUCUACAAUACAACAAAAGAUCAUCAUGUUUUAUAG